UGGUGAUUCAGUGACUCCUUCAACAUGCAAAUAAUAAAAUAUAAGAUAAUACCCACCUUCACCUUCACCCUGGCCUUGAACCUUCUCUUGUACUUCUUCUUCUUCUAUAGAUAAACAUAAACAUAAUAAAUGGAGAAUAAGAGGGCAGAAGAAGCAGAAGAGGUGGAGUACCAAUCUGGGUUCGGAAACCACUUUGCUUCGGAGGCAAUCCCAGGAGCUCUUCCCAAAGGUCAAAACAGCCCUCUUAUCUGCCCUUUCGGCCUCUACGCCGAACAGAUCUCUGGCACCCCCUUCACCUCUCCUCGCAAGCUCAAUCUUCGCAGUUGGCUAUAUCGGAUAAAACCAUCAGUUACACAUGAACCGUUUAAACGUCGGGAAGCAGGUCAUGAGAAGCUGGUUAGUGAAUUCAACAACCAGUCCAAAGCUUCUACCACCCCAACUCAGCUACGAUGGAACCCCCCUCAUAUUCCCGAUCAACCCACGGAUUUUAUCGAUGGCUUAUACACCGUGUGCGGGGCUGGCAGCUCAUUCCUACGCCAUGGAUUUGCUAUUCACAUGUACACGGCCAACAAAUCUAUGACUAACUGUGCCUUUUGCAAUGCUGAUGGUGACUUCUUGAUAGUGCCUCAACAGGGAAGGCUAUGGAUCACUACUGAAUGUGGAAGAUUGCAAGUUUCCCCGGGUGAAAUUGCCGUUCUACCUCAGGGAUUUCGUUUUGCUGUUAAUUUGCCUGAUGGCCCAUCACGUGGUUAUGUUGCUGAGGUUUUUGGUACCCAUUUUCAACUUCCUGAUCUUGGACCCAUAGGUGCUAAUGGUCUUGCUGCUCCAAGGGAUUUCCUUGUGCCUACAGCCUGGUUUGAAGAGAGUUCCUAUCCAGGCUUCACUAUUGUACAAAAGUUUGGUGGCGAACUCUUUACUGCUAGACAAGAUUUCUCUCCAUUCAAUGUUGUUGCUUGGCAUGGUAACUAUGCUCCGUAUAAGUAUGAUCUAAGUAAGUUCUGCCCUUACAAUACAGUUUUAAUCGAUCAUAGUGAUCCAUCAAUAAAUACAGUAUUGACGGCACCAACUGAAAAACCUGGCGUUGCUCUGCUUGAUUUUGUCAUUUUUCCUCCCCGAUGGUUGGUUGCAGAGCAUACAUUCCGGCCUCCAUAUUAUCAUCGCAAUUGUAUGAGUGAAUUUAUGGGCCUCAUUCACGGUGGAUAUGAGGCGAAAGCUGACGGGUUUCUCCCUGGUGGUGCAAGUCUUCAUAACUGCAUGACUCCCCAUGGGCCUGAUACCAAGACAUAUGAGACAACAAUUGCAAGUGGAAAUGAGGCAGGGCCGCAUAAAAUAACUGAUACCAUGGCUUUUAUGUUUGAAUCGUGUUUAAUACCCCGCGUCUGCUCUUGGGCUCUUGAGUCUCCCUUAAUGGAUCAUGAUUAUUACCAUUGUUGGAUAGGCCUGAGAUCCCAUUUUACAGGCGAAGGGACAGAUAUGAAAAGUUUAAACAUACAGAAUUGACAUGAUGAUACUGAAAGUGGAGGCGAGUCUAUCGUGUUAAUAUAUAGAACAAACAUUAUCAGCUUGAAGCAACCAUAAGUCAAUCCAGCAUGUAUAUAAUACAAUAAAAGAGCAUCUAAAGUGUGGAUAUAUUAGAUAUAUAGAGUUUUAUUUUUCUGUCUUAUCUUAGUUUGCUUAAUAGCAUGAUUGUAUCAAACUUCUACAAAUGUUUCAACCUACCAACAUGGCCUUGUAUCAGUUUUAAGGGUCUAAUAAGCAUUGCCUGAGUUGCAAAUAUUGAUAAGCACCUUCCACUUGUGAUUGCGGAUGAUGUAUUUUAUCCAAAUUUUGGGUGAAAAGUUUUCUCUGAACAGUGGCUGUUUCCAUUGGAUAUAUGUGAUUACUAUAAUUCUGAUCAGACAA